GGCAGUCAGAUAGUUUUCUCAGCUGCUGCAGACAUAUGUUAUAAUCAUCAAGCAAGACCCAGCUCCUUCGCCACAUUCAUUAGGGCGCUUUUAAUACCGCAGCACAUUCACAAACACUUUCAGUUGGGCCACGUAAAGUAUUUUUCCACUGCGGAAUUUCUUCCAACAGCAACUCGUUUCCUUUAAAUGUAUCCCACAAACACCGCGGGGCAAAGUGACGCGCUCUGACGUCAUGUCCCCAUAUGCGAAACAUGACGCUGCAGGUGUUCCCACGUGGUGUGUUGUUGACGUCUUCCAGGAACAUUGGAAGUGCGCCCUGAGGAGCACGGGGUGGUCUGGCGGUGUUGUGACACGGCGUUCCUAGGUCCAGUUACGAUGCUCAACAGUCGGGAAGACACCCGGAGACAUUAACGCUGCGGAAAUGUCGAGCUGAAUUUCCUCGUCUUCCCACCUCGAACGUCUCUUUAAGCAGCAACAGACUUCCAUGAAUAAAUUCAAGAUGCCUCAUCUUGGAAGUCUGUUUACACAAUUCCAUCCCAGCUCCAAAGCCCCAGAAAGUGGUCCAGGCCAAAAUCCACCUGAGACCCCAACACUACCUGACUUUGUACAACAUGUCAGGAAGCUCACCGGGAUGAGAAAGGAAGACGUCUACAGCAAUCUGCGUAUCCGCGACCAGUUUCAAGCUGCCAAAAACGAGAUCAAUAUUGUUAUCCUCACAGGUCAGGGGAUCUUCUGCAUAGAUGUAAAAGCCUGGAGAGGCACAGUGUCUGCUCACAGCCCGAACUGGCACGUGCAGGUGAAGGAAGAGGAGCAAAAUCUUACCAAUACGCGGAUUGAGCAGAUAGAAGAUCCCCUCAAAGCUAUCAUGACCAAGACGGCUAACUUACGCGGCCAUUUGAAGAGGAGUGGAGUGUCUGUGCACCAAAGCCUCUUCUUCCCCAGGGUGAUCUUCCUUUCUCCAGACUGCCAGCUAGAUGAAGAGCUGAGGAAGAGGAGGGAGCUGAUCUCUCACGGCCAGACAGACAACUUCCUCAGAUCUUUCAGGGGGGGCUACAUGGCCUGGAUAUCCGAUGCACUGACUCCAUCCUGGCUCUCUGGUCGUCUGUCAUACUCGCAGAUGGAGUCCGUGCGCGAGGUCCUGAGGAGGGUGGGCACGUGGGACCGGGUGAGUCUUCACUGCGGCGAGCAGCUGAAGGGAGACUUCCAGGGCUGCCAGUACAUCGCCCUCGACCGCCGGGAGACGGAAACACUCGAGUUCUCCAGAGUCAAGACCCUGUCAGCUGACUCGCUGUGGGCCCUGCUGGGUCACGCACCUCAGGUGACUGUUAAAAUGUACAAGCGUGGAUCCCAGGGCUGGCUGGGUAAAUCCCUGAACGCCACCAUCACCAUCCCCUCCAACACCGAUGUGAUCUUCAGGAUCAGCGGGGAGGACAAAGAUGCCAAAAUCCCAGCAAACACCAUUCACAGCAUCUUACUGAGCAACUGACGGCGCGUGUGUGUAGGUGUGCGUGUGUGUGUGUGUGAGUCAAUGACUGGGCAACCAAGGUGGCUCCUGCGGGGAGAGAAAGCAUUCUUAUUUACAAUUAUUCAGAUCCCCAAUAAAAGGAAACUCCUAAUUCAGCUUUUUACUGAGUGCUUUUUACUAUACAGUGUUUGUAAUUUGUCAUAUUGUACUAAAGACACAAGUUAUGAAUGUCUUUAAGUGAGCAUCUAUUCGAAAGAUCCCCUAUUCCAUCAGUGGCAAAAUUAUGUUGAUACAAAUGGUGUCAGACAAUUAGGCUGAUUAACUUUCUCUUGUUUUGAAUGUCUAGGGCUGGCCCACACUUUACACCAGCCAUUAACUAAUCAUUAUGCAAGCUCGUUGUGUCACGUCUGUUCCUGAGUGAAGUGUUUCACGCGUUAAUUGUGGCAGUUCAAAGCUGGUGGCCUCCACCGGUUCGAUUACUGCCUCCGUGGGUUUAAUGUGCAGUGAUUUACGGCCUGUUUACAAAGUGCAACUCUGAGGUGUUUUAUUAAUAUGCUCCAUCGCACGGAGGAGAUGAUAACAAAUCAAAGAGCGCACAGGCGCAACCACCCGCUGCCAAUGAUAACUGUCGGAGUCACUUUCCCUCAGCUGCCAGGCAUGCAGGCCCGCGCUAACAGCUAGCAAUUGUAUUUUCUUUGCCUGGCAGUGGCCAAAAUGAAGUUAUUUACAUGGAGAUAUCAGUGCCUUUAGCUUAAUGCAAUAGAAGGAGCUCUCUGUGUUGAUGGUAUCUCUUUGCAUGGCAUCUUUCUACCUGAAACAUCAUUACACCGUACUCAGGCCCCUCACGUUUUUCAAAUGUCUGUUUACGGUUUUACCUGAGGGACAGACUGGACUAACAGUACCGUUGCAUUUGUAAGUGCACGUUUUCUACACUGGUUGUUUUCGGAUAUUUGUCGACGCUGCUUGAAUGUCAAAGGGUUCUGAUGAGUUUAUUGCCUUUGCUUAUAGAAACAUAUUUGCAAAAUCUAAUUUCAAAUGAUGAUCCUCGGGAACUGUUUUCUCCACUACCCUUUACAAACAACAUGAUCAAAUCUGGGAUGAGAAGGGUUGUGAGACAUCACUUUUGGUUUUUCUGUUUUUGUUCUUAACUUCAAGCACUUUCAAGCCAACUCGAUUGUUAACGAAACCCUUGAGUUGAUUGAUUAAAGCACGGUUUAAUGUGGUAUCUGCAAGUGAUUUUUAUGUCUAUAUGUAUUUGCACAAGUAUCCUAAUAAAAUAAUAUUUG